AUGGCUCUCACGGGCGAGCAGACUGCCGGCACAAUCGAGCAGUUCAUUUCCGGCGAGAAGGCUCACCUGGUGCGGGUCAACAGCACCAACACCAAACUGCUCGAGAAGAGCGUGGCCGCGAAUCAGACCCAUCUGGCCACGGAGGCGACCUCGCACAAAAUCCGGCGGCUUCAUCUGAGGCAGAGCCGGGUCACAGAGACCAAAAAGGGCAAAACGCUGAGCCUGAAGAUCCACAUUGGCGGCCGUUGUUACGUCGGCCCGGCGAAGAAGGACGAGUGGGAGGGGCCGCUGCCUGACAGCCACUCGCCCUUCAAGUGCCUCUGCACCUGCAUCAAGAAAAUGCGCCUCCUUUACGCCAUCUUUGACGGCGGGCAGUGUUUCUGCUCGGAGAAGGCGGGCGACUUCGGCACCAAUACCGGCUCCAUCACGACGACAGGCCGGUGUCCUCAGAAGAACGCGCGCACCGUCUAUAACGGCAUGAAGCACACACAGAAACUGGCUCAGUUCUGCCAGCGCUCCAACGCAACGGCUAGCAGCGUGCUUCAUUUGGGCCGGACGACUUUGAACGCCGGCCACCGGACCAUCGAGUUCAACAACACAGAGAAUCUGCGGGCACUGAGGAAAUCCAGCAAACUCGCCUCCACCCAUCUGCACCGGUCCGAGAAGGACGUCAAAACGGACGUGGUGCGCCAGCACAAGAAACGGGGCACCAUCAAGGAGACUUGGAAGUCCAAACUGUCCAAAGGGGUGUUUGACCGACUGUACCGGCUCAAACUGCAUGUGCGACGAGCCCACAACGUCACAGAGAACGUCAACCUCAUCACCAAGAAGGACGUCCGGUCCAGCACCCACAAGAGAGGGCCCCUCUUCCUGCCGCGCCGCAGGGCGGUGCACAAAGCAAUACAGGUUAUACCUCUCAGCAAGUCGAAAGAGAAGAAGGCACCAAACUAAACUAAACGUAAAACCAGAGUGCAAGAAAUGUAAUGGUCUGGACAAAACACGUCUGGACGGUGAAUCAUGCAAUGCAUUAUGGAAUAACAGUAGAAGCAGCGGAUGACGAUCAAUUUUGACAGUUUUUAUCCGACGGAAUCUUAUCGAGCGACAUAGCAGUUCUUUUAUAGCAACAUGUAUGUACUGUCAACUGUGUGUCAGAGGCGAAGCCAUGCUGGAUUUAACGCCACAGGACACGCGAACGUGAUGUGGCAUAGCAAAAUAAACGAAAAAUGAUUGCACAAAAGCAUUUACUGAGCCGAGAAACAAU